UCCCAUGUUCAGUGGCCCCAGAAAAGUCAGUGUGUAGGCCUCAGCCACCCCAGGUCCGACGUACGUUCUCCCUGGACACCAUCCUCAGCUCCUACCUUCUGGGCCAGUGGCCACGAGAUGCUGAUGGGGCCUUCACCUGCUGUACCAAUGACAAGGCCACCCAGAUCACCAAGUUGAAGCAACAACUGCAGAGGACGAAGCUGAGCCGCAGCAGCAAAGAGAAGGAGCGGGGCUCCCCACUCCAAGGGGACCACGCAGUGCGGGGAGCACUGAGGGCGUCCCCUCCCAGCUUCCCCUCGGAGUCCUCUGUCCUGCGACUCAGCCCCUGCCUACACAGAAGCCUGGAAGGACUCAACCAAGAGCUGGAGGAGGUGUUUGUGAAGGAGCAGGGUGAAGAGGAGCUGCUGAGGAUCCUCGAGAUCCCUGAUGGGCACCGGGCCCCUGCCCCUCCCCAGAGUGGCAGCUGUGACCAUCCCCUUCUCCUCCUGGAGCCUGGCAACCUUGCCAGCUCUCCCUCCAUGCCCUUGGCAUCCCCCCAGCCUUCUGGCCGGGCCAGCCAUGAGGAACACCGGGGUGCUAUCGAGGAGCUGGCAUGCGUCCCCAAUGACAAAGUCUCCUCUCCAGGCCACCACCUCCUCGAAGAUGGCAGCCCCUCUCCAGUCCUUGCGUUUGCUGCCUCCCCUCGGCCCAAUCACAGCUAUGUCUUCAAACGCGAGCCUCCAGAAGGCUGUGAGAGAGUGCGUGUGUUUGAAGAGGCCAUGUCUCCAGGUCCUGACCUGGCCUUCCUGACUUCCUGUCCUGACAAGAACAAAGUCCAUUUCAACCCGACCGGCUCAGCCUUCUGCCCUGUCAGCUUGAUGAAGCCCCUCUUCCCCAGCAUGGGCUUCAUCUUCCGUAACUGCCCCUCAAGCCCGGGGUCUCCCCUUCCUCCCGCCAGCCCCAGGCCACCACCUCGGAAGGAUCUAGAGGCCUCCAAGGCUUCCCCACUGCCAUUUGAGCCAUGGCAGCGCACCCCACCAUCAGAAGAGCCCGUGCUUUUCCAGAGCUCCCUGGUGGUCUGAGAAUCCCUCCCUUUCCCCUUCACCAUGGAGACCAGUGCCUUGGUGGCAGGCCCCUCCCUAGCUCCCCUGAGACGGGGGAUGGAGGAGCCCUUCCCUCUCGGCCUUCAAGCACUUUCAUUUAUUGUGUCAAAGCCCCAGGUCCUCUUUCUGAUGGACACCAGCCCCUCUGAAUAUGAGGGGACCUGCCUUUUCCACUAGCAGCUGGGCAGCUCACGACUCACACCUGUGUACCUGCCACUUCCCUCACUUGGUGGAAAACUCACCCAGAAGGUUCUGAGUCACCCUCCCUGGGAUGUGAGUCCAAAUGACUGUAUAGGAGGCCCUUGUCCUUGUCAUGGAGCAAACUGGCCGUGAUGGAAGGAGAGGGGACGCCACCGAUUUUCUUCCCUUUCCUCCUCAACAGACACAGAAGAGGAGACCAGAAGAUAGAAACCCCCAUCCUCUCAGCCCCCAUCCCCAUGCCUCCUCAUUGGAGGAGCUGACCAAAGCAGCCCUGAAGGGCCAUAACACUUGACCAAUAAAGCUGCGGGCUGGGGGGGAACCAGGCAUUUUCCCAAGUGGCAUUUUCAUCUCGCUUUCACCCUGACUAAAGAUUGUCUUAAGCAGCAGCCCAGCCUGCCCAGCCCCAGGUGGGUAGUGGGGGUGCGGGACAGCUGGCAUUCCUCCAGGUGGCAAAUGGCAACUCUAUACUCUCCACCUGCCCCAGAGCUGGGUUGGAUUAGAAAAAUGCCUAUUUUUCUUGUAUCAAUGUAGAAACUCUAUUUUCUCCCAAAGACACUAUUUUUGCAGCUGUUUGAAGUUUGUAUAUUUUCCGUACUGCAGAGCUUACACAAAAUUGAAGAAGAAUGUUAAUGUUCGAGUUUUCUUUUCUUGUGUUUAGAGGUUGUUUUUUGCAGAUCUUGAUGUUAAUAGACCAAAUAAAUAAAUAAGUAUUCCCAGCA